CAAAGCCAUUCUGUGACCUGUGAAAUAGCCAAUGCUUCUCUACCAUCAGCACUGCUAGACUUGAGGGAGUGUGGUUGGAGCAGGCUGCACCUCCUACUAAAUGAUUUCCUCUUGCCUACAAGCAAAAUCUAGUGAAGAUAGUUCUCACACCAGAACCCACUGAUCAUCAUUUUUAUGCAAAGCACCUCUAUAAGCGAGAGAAAUUUUCAAGCGUGAAAGUUGGAUGAGAAGGCAGCCUGAGGGAUGAACCUGAACCACAGCCACCUUCCCCAAACCGGCAGCUUCCGCAAGGCUUCGUGCCGGUUCCAUGGGACAGAAGCCCAGGGGGUAGAAAUAGGGUCGGAGAGGGGGAGCGAGCUCGGGCUUUCCCGGGGACGAAUGAUUUACCGGGGCAUGGUGGCUACAGACGGAGAAGACCUGUCGGGGCUGCAGGGAGGAGGAGGAGCACCGCACCUGCCGCCCCCUCGCCGCCCUCCCUGCCUCCGCCCGCAGCGCAGGCGCGGCCGUUCCCCCGCUGCCCGUAGGUGUCCGGCUCUGAUCCUGGUGCGGUGGUUGCGGCUACGCUCGUCUCGGCGGCGCCCCGGGGAGGCGGCAUGGCGGAGAGCCCGGGUCAACCGGUAGGGAGCGACGAGCCGCGGAGAGCGGGCGAAGAAGAAGGCGCGGAGGCAGUGGGUAAGCCGCAGACCGCGCUGUGCCCCGACGGGGCGGAGGAACCCUCCGAUGAGUCCUCCGACGGCGGAGGGGGUGCCGGCGGGCAAGAGGAGGCCGCCGUGCCCGGCGAGGUGCCCGGCGAGGUGCCCGGCGAGGUGUCCAGCGAAGGGGGCGGUGGAGAGCCCGGAGGGGCAGCGGAAAGCCCAGGAACGGGGCAGCAGGAGGAGGCAGAGCUGUCGGGACCCGAUGGGGACGGCGCGGCUCUGGAGGGAGGGGAACCGGCAGCGGCCGCGGGAGUGGACUCCGCGCCGGCGGGGGUAGAGCCCGAGCAGGCGGUGGGGAAAGUGGCUCUGGUGGGAACAGAGCCCGAAGAAGCGGCGGUGGCCCCGGCGGUAGCAGAGCCCGAAGAGGUGACAGUGCCAGUCCCGUCGGGGUCGGACUCCGAGGAUGUGGUGCAGGAAGUGAAGGCGGUGGGAGCAGUACCCGAAGAGGCGGUGCGGAACGAAGCUCCGUCCGGGACGAUCCCUGAAGAGGCAAUGAGAGAGGAAGCUCCGUCCGGUGCGGUCCCCGAGGAGGCAGCGAGAGAAGAAGCCCCGUCGGGACCAAGCCUCGAGGAGGUAGUGAGGGAUGAAACCCCGUCCGAGACGGACUUCAAGGAUGCUAUGAGAGAGGAAGCCCCGUCGGGGCCAAGCCCCGAGGAGGCUAUGAGAGUGGAAGCCCCAUUGGGGACGGAACCCGAGACGUCUAUGAGCGAGGAAGCCCCGUCGGGGCUAAGGCCCGAGGAGGGAGUGAGAGAGGAAGCCCCGACGGGGACGGAACCCGAAGAGGAGAUACGGGAAGAAUCCCGAGUAGGGACAGACCCCGAGGACACGGUGCAGGAAGAAGCCCCGUCGGCGCCAAGCCCGGAGGAAGAAGCAGUGAUAGAGGAAGCCCCGUCGGGUGCAGAAGUUGAGAAGGAGGAGGAAGAGGCUCCAGCUGGAGACGAAGAGGCUCCCCAACGCCCCGGGGUGGCAGAGGACGCGGUGCCGGCUGCAGGGGAGGCCGACGGCGGCCGGCGGUCGCCUGCACGCCCCGAAGGGGAGGACGGAGCCGAGGUUCUGCCGGGGGCUGAGCGAGGAGCCGGCAACGGGGAAGCGGCCGGGGCCGGAGAGGAGAGUGCUGCCUCGGGGGGAGGAGGCGCGGCGGCGUCGGGGCGGCCCGGAGGGUGGCCGGGCACCGAGGGGUGCGAAUGGGAGUCGGCGGCCCUGAGCCUGAAUGGGGUGCAGGGCCGGGUGGAGGACGAGGAGGACGAGACGGGCUCGCCGACCGCGCUGGAGGAUGAGGAGGAGAAGCAGGAGUACGACAUCUCUCUCUUCGUCAAGGCUGGCAGCGAUGGGGAAAGUAUUGGAAAUUGCCCGUUCUCGCAGCGUCUCUUUAUGAUCCUAUGGCUAAAGGGUGUCAUAUUUAAUGUCACAACCGUGGACUUGAAAAGAAAACCUGCCGACCUGCAGAACCUGGCCCCAGGGACGAACCCACCCUUCAUGACGUUUGAUGGUGAAGUCAAAACUGAUGUCAAUAAGAUUGAGGAGUUCUUGGAAGAAAAGCUGGCGCCACCCCGGUAUCCCAAACUUGCACCGAAGCACCCUGAGUCUAACUCUGCAGGAAAUGACGUGUUUGCAAAAUUCUCUGCAUUCAUAAAGAACCCAAGAAAAGAUGCCAAUGAAAAUCUGGAAAAAUCUUUGCUUAAAGCCCUGAGGAAGUUGGACAACUAUUUAAAUAGCCCCUUGCCUGAUGAAAUUGAUGCUUACAGCACUGAGGAGAUCACUGUGUCCUGCCGGAAAUUCCUGGAUGGAGAUGAGCUCACCUUAGCAGAUUGCAACCUCCUACCAAAGCUCCACAUAAUUAAGGUUGUUGCAAAGAAAUACAGAAAUUUUGAUUUCCCACCUGAAAUGACGGGGAUUUCAAGAUACUUGAAUAAUGCAUAUGCAAGAGAUGAAUUUACAAACACUUGUCCUGCUGAUCAAGAAAUUGAGUAUGCGUAUUUGGAUGUUGCAAAGAGAAUGAAGUAAAUGGAAGAUGUUUCCCUUCUUUAUUACUUCUGAGAUUUUAUGGGCACCAGCCAAUAUGGAAACAAAGAAAAGCCAGCACGCAUUCUGUAGUGCAAUUUUAACUUCUGUUAUUGGCCAAUCCUUCUUUUGUAAUAACUGUGUAGCACUGUUUGCUUGUUCUUAAAUGAUGUAUGUGUAUGUGUGUCUGUACAGAUGUACACACACAGGAAUGUGUGUUAUGCACUCCAAGUUAAAGGCAUCAGUCAGUACUCAGGCUUUUGCUGAAGUUAGAGAAACAGCAUAGGUCACACAAUUACAGCAAUAUUACAGACUAGUGACAUGCUAAAUGACUGAAUUUUGCAAAGAAAUAGCCCUGUUCCUUACACACAUGUAACCUGUCAUUACUGCUGCCUCUGAUCUGUGUUUCACUGCUGUUGCCAAAUUUCACAGUUCCCGGGAAGGUUUCUGCUUUCUUCUCUCCAGGCCUCGGCGGCCCCAUGCCAACAGCUGGCACGCACGCAGUACCCUGGUUAAUCCAGGAGAGAAGCCAGACUGGAGGUGGGACCACACCUGGCUUCCCAGAAGCCCUCUCCUCUGUGCUAGAGACCUGCAGGGCAGGUCAGUGAAGAACAACUUGUCCUCACAUUGCAUGAACUGUCUUUGGUAUGAAAGAAAGUAAUUAGAAAGAUUCCGCCUUCUCCUCUCUCAGGGCUGCAUAACCCAUCCAGCUUCCUUCAGACAAAGAGAGGAACGCAGACUGUCACUGGCUUGUGGAUUAUCUAAUAACAAAUAUCUAACAAGGGAGGAGGCAGAGGCUUGGUUGUCGCUGCAGACUCAAUAAAUGGGUGAACAUCUGCCCCCUGCUACUGGUGCAGGAUCCCUCUGUCAUCCUUUUGUGACUCCCAUUUGGUUUUGGAAAGCAAAGAGGAGGGUCUAAGAAAGCAGUAGUCCUUUUAUGCUUCUUUAUCUGGAUUUAGCUGCAGGGUUUGGAUUUUCCCAAGCAGUCACAAGGACUUCUUUGCUGAGAGCUUUCCAAAUGUCCAGGUGUUGUCCCACUGAGGACGACAGAGGCAUAGCUCCUGCCUGGGGAUGGAUGAGAUGAACCUCUCCAGGCUGGCAUGACCCUGUGUUCACGGAGCCAGUACUACUAAAAAGUAUUCUCUGGGCUUCAUGGAACUGUUGGAGAGGUGUAUACUCUGAAAAGUCACAUCCAUGACUGCUUCUUGCUGAGCAGGCCCUCAGCAAACACCUAGGGGCAGAGGGUGCAGUGGUUUAGUCAUAGGGGCACCUGGAACUUUCCUUCUGAUGGGUUUUGCCUGUACGUACAAAGUAGACAUGGAAACAGCUAAAAGUAGCUUCUGUAGCACCUGCAUCCAUACAAAGACUGAUACAGAAUAGCCAUUCAUCUUUGCCUAAGUCAACCAUAGGCUUGCUUUUGUAACAGUGCAUUACUUAGGGUAAUAGUAGGUGUUGGGUGUUAUGGUGUCUGUGGCUUCCUCUUAUACACUACGCAGUUCUUUUGCGAAUGUCCUAGCAUGAUUAUUUGUAAGCAAUGUUAAACACACAAUUUUAGUUUCUCCAGCUUCUCUACAGAGAAAACAGGCACAACAUCUUUCCCUUCCAGCCUCUGUUGUGAGGUUACACACUGGGGUUGGUAGCUGAGCAGUCACUUGUCAUUUCUUACUAACUGUUAGUUUGUA